UGCAUUACAUGAAAGAGCUGGCUGGCUAAAUAAGCAUUUUUGCACUAGGUUAGUAGUACACACGGUGUGGAGGUACACACGCCUAAGUAAAUACGCCUGGAUGGCUUUGUGUGGUGGUGGUGGCUGGGCGUGGUGGUCUGGUCCAUCCAUUCUCUCCCAGCCACAAAGGAAUAAUGGCACAACAAGAAAUCCGGGUGUGCGACCAAUGCUUAAGUGGCGUCUUGGAUUGGCAUUGAUUGAAAGAUCGCUCCCAAGCUAAGCAAAUACCACACAACUUCUUGCCCCCUUUUUUGCAAGCAUUCCUUCCAUUCGCGAAUUCUACUCUUCUCAAUUCACGCACAAAUAUUUGCCACCCUAAACCCAUACAUGGCUCAUUUUAUCUCUGUGUGUAUGCUCUUCAGAAGAACAAACACUCAGCCAAAACUACUUUAUUUAAUCCUUUAGGAGAUCUGUAUUUAAUUAAUUUGCGAUUAAUCUUAACUGGCAAAAGCAGAAGAGGUCUGAAGAAUAACUAUCUCGCCAAAUUAUUCUCAAUUUCUCUCUCGCGAGUCGUGAUUGAAGAUCAGAAAGAAGUCAUCUCUUGCGAGAAUAAGGAUAGUAAGUGAACGUCCUUGAACAUGCUCCUGGCUUGAAUUGCAUAAGGCCAAUUAUUAGGCCGAUUUCCAUUCUCCUAAAAUUAUGCCAGUCCGCCUCUGGAAAACUGGUUUUGUACAUUCGCGAUGAAUAAAUGCCGUAACCAUGUAACACGGAUUUCGUAGGGAGCAGAAAUAGGUGGAUGAAAUAGUACGAAAUAUGUACGAAAUAGUAACAAUUAGGUAAUAAUGCACGUUGCUUCAACGAGAGCAACCAAUAAUUUCAUGGUCUUGUCGCCGGGGUAAAAUGCUUCUAGGUCCGACUUCGCUGAAAAAUGUGUCCCGAAUUGCUGCCGACUUGACGAGUAGAACGCUAUGCCACUCAUCGCCCCUUCCGCACAGAUCUCGGAAACUUGUGAGAACAUUUUUUCAGCAGGCCAAGCAAAAAUCCAAACCCGAGCAGCACAAGGUUCGACUGCAUCAAAAACUUCGGGACACCGUUCUCGUCCUCGAGGCGAAACAAGGACCGGUGGGAAAGACGGUCGCGGGCAUCGGCCAAGGAAUUGUCACUGCGGGACUCGUCUUUGGGUCAGGCUCCCUCUUGUACUACACCCUCUUUGACCAAGAUGAUGGAGAAGUGUCGACACUCGUGUCGUCAAGUGGAGGAGGUCUCUACGCCCCCGAAUUUAUUAGCGACCGAAUCAACACGGCGUACAUGUACAUGUUCAACUCCUUAGGAAUAUCAACCUUGGGCGCCGCCGCAUCGUUCCGCUUUUUUCGGAAUCCGAUCUUUCUGAACGCCAUCUCGGCACAGCCCUUGCUCGCCAUCGGCCUAGCAAUGGCUUCUCAGUUCGCGGUGACCAUGUUGGUGAGGUCGUUGCCGUAUCGGGAAGGAUUUGGUGCGAAGCAGGCUGGCUCGAUCGCGCAGGCGCUACUUGUCGGCCUUUCCGCCGCUCCGCUCUAUCUCCUCGGGGCGCAGUCCAUCAUCCGCGCUGGCUUCGUGACGGCCGGGCUGGUCGGAGGUCUCACCGGGGUCAGCACCAUCCUCCCACACGACGCUUUCGCCAAGUGGGAAAUCCCCCUUCGCAUAGGAAUGUACACCGUCUUGUUGUCAUUCAUGGCACUCUGGUUCCUUCCCCGACGUCACUUUUCGUACACUUGGCUGUACAGGGUGGCCAUGCACGGAGGACUCGUCGUGUUUCCAGCCUAUUACCUCUUCAACACCAAAGCCAUGGUGCGCAGUGCCACCUACUCACCUCAUUUCGAUCCCAUUAAUUCGUCCAUGUCCUUGUACACGGACGUCCUGAACAUUUACGGCAGACUUGCAUUUCUUCUGCCUCCACACUACCUCAUUUCAGGGGACGCUGGAAAGAUGGGUUGCACCACUCGACCAGAAGAGUUCAAAAAGUGACUGGCAAAACCCACGCCACAUUUUUACCCCGGACAAAAUUUAUAGUGCAAAAUAUUAACUUACGCAAUACAUCCAAUCAAAAAUAAACCUAAAUUCCUAGUCGAUCUGAGCUGAUUUUGUUUUAUUUUUCGAAAUUAAUUAUUCUGACACAAAAAUAAGAUGCGCGAUUUACGUAUAUAUUUAAGCUGAAGAGAGGAGAAUACUUAGGAACCUUGGAGAGUGUGGGGCAAUAAAUAUGUCGAUGCGUAUGUAUAUUUGCUUUAUGCUAAAUGGAUGUCGAAGGCCUUGGCGUCACCUCCGUACUCGUUGGGAAGAG